ACCGGCACCGGCUGGAUGGACCUGCACGCCUUGCUGCUCCCCACUGGCCCCAAUGCCAGCAACACCUCCGAGGGUCCGGACAACCUCACCUUGGCCGGGUCGCCCCGGCGCCCAGGGAGCGUCUCCUACGUCAACAUCAUCAUGCCGUCCGUGUUCGGCACCAUCUGCCUGCUGGGCAUCGUGGGGAACUCCACGGUCAUCUUCGCGGUGGUGAAGAAGUCCAAGCUGCACUGGUGCAGCAACGUCCCCGACAUCUUCAUCAUCAACCUGUCCGUGGUGGACCUCCUCUUCCUCCUGGGCAUGCCCUUCAUGAUCCACCAGCUCAUGGGCAAUGGCGUCUGGCACUUUGGGGAGACCAUGUGCACCCUCAUCACAGCCAUGGACGCCAACAGUCAGUUCACCAGCACCUACAUCCUGACCGCCAUGGCCAUCGACCGCUACCUUGCCACGGUCCACCCCAUCUCCUCCACCAAGUUCCGCAAGCCCUCCGUGGCCACCCUGGUCAUCGGCCUCCUGUGGGCCCUGUCCUUUGUCAGCAUCACCCCUGUGUGGCUCUACGCCAGGCUCAUCCCCUUCCCGGGGGGCGCCGUGGGCUGUGGCAUCCGCCUGCCCAACCCAGACACAGACCUGUACUGGUUCACGCUGUACCAGUUCUUCUUGGCCUUCGCCCUGCCCUUUGUGGUCAUCACGGCCGCGUACGUGAGGAUCCUGCAGCGUAUGACGUCCUCGGUGGCCCCCGCUUCCCAACGCAGCAUUCGGCUGCGGACAAAGAGGGUGACGCGCACGGCCAUCGCCAUCUGCCUGGUCUUCUUCGUGUGCUGGGCGCCCUACUACGUGCUGCAGCUGACCCAGCUGUCCAUCAGCCGCCCGACCCUCACCUUUGUCUACCUGUACAACGCCGCCAUCAGCUUGGGCUAUGCCAACAGCUGCCUCAACCCCUUUGUGUACAUCGUGCUCUGUGAGACGUUCCGCAAGCGCUUGGUGUUGUCGGUGAAGCCAGCGGCCCAGGGACAGCUCCGCGCCGUCAGCAACACUCAGACGGCCGAGGAGGAGCGGACAGACAGCAAAGGCACCUGA